UAGGCGUUAAAACUCGGUCGUUUUAUUCGAAUGAAACGAAUACGCCAGUCCCUGAUACCUAUCUGUGGAUUCCCGGUAUGUCGUCUCCGUUCAUUUGCUGAAAAGACUUGCACUCCUGCACCACGCCGCUAUAGCCCCUUGGCGACAACGCUUCCGCUUAUAUGCUGCGCUGCACUGCGCCUCCAUCCAGCACUCUCUCGCUGUUCUCUGUCUCCCUGUCAUAAACGGCCGCCCGUCGACAUUAGUGGCUUUGUACCGGUUAAUUAUCGCCCUGAAAACCCCAACAAAAGGCACAUAGAGGAAUCGAGAAAGAGUGCCAUGUUGAGGAAAUUGUUAACGGAAGGCGCUGUGCGGCAGCCAUUCUGGCGCAUGAUAGCAAAUCGUCGCUCUACUACCAACAUCUCCAAUGCCGUCGACUCCAUGUUGCUCCGCUCUCUCAAAGAACACUAUCUGGAAAUUUCCAAAAUGAAUCCUCCUCCGAAAGUGAGCCCACCAUCAGCCUAUACCAUAGUGAAAGGAGCUCUCGAUGGGAAUGGCCCGGUUCUCAAUAGAACCUAUGGAAAUGAGGAAAUUAAUAUCUCUGUAAUGCGCUUGGCCAAUAUAAUACCUGGAGGUGGAGGGGAGGAUGAUGAGGAUGACAUAAAUCAGUUAUUCCUUCAUGUGGAUGUGUCAAAGCCUGGGCAGGAAAAAUCUUUGCAUUUUCUUUGUGGUCUGUAUCCAGAUGCAUUAGGAAUUCACUCUGUUUCAUUAAGAACAAAGAUUGAUGAUUCUAGGCUUCUUGAAGAUCCAUAUGGAUAUAAUGGCCCUCAUUUUGGGGAACUUGACGAAAAGAUGAGAGAUGCACUCCAUAGUUUCAUUGAAGAAAGAGGGGUGAAUGAGAGCCUCUUUAAUUUUCUCCAAGCAUGGCUCUAUGUGAAGGAGCAUCGGAACCUUAUGCGUUGGUUUAAAACAGUGGGAGGGUUCAUUAAUAAAAAUAAAUCAACUAAAAGUGUGUAAGUGUGUUAAAGUGGAUAUGUAAUAGGAUUUACUGCCUCCAAGUUGGUGGUCUACCUCCCAUUUGACAACCUGGUGAGCAGUGAAGUCAUGGUUUAAUUUAUAUAGCAUUACAGUUUCACCAAGUCUAGGCAGGUUUGCUUUCCAAUUGCUGUUUUCCAGUUAUGAAUUAGUAACGUUUUAAAUACCUGGUUCAAAUUUUUGUGCUGUUUUAUAUUUCUUUUUAAUAACAAAAAAAUCUUACUAUAUUUAGCCAA